UAGAAAUUACACUUCGCAGAAAAUACUUUAAAAAACACUAAAACACAAGAAUUAAACGCAUAUUACAGUUGUGAUUACGAUACUAAACAAGUAGACGAUAAAUGUAAGAAUGGCCGUUGUGUUAGGCGUUGUUCAAUCAGUGACGUUUAUGACUGCAGACGAGAGUAAUCAACUACUGGCCUUCGAUUAUGGCAUCCAUCUGAUACAGUCACGACUGCCUAUCUUACUAGCUGGCUUGGCGUUAUUUCGUGAUAUUUUCGGCAACCAAGGAACAACAUGUUACCCACCACCUGAAUACGUUACUAACACUGAAGUAGUUAAGUACUUGAACUCUUAUUGUAUUUACGAGACAGACAAUAACGCGUUCGGUUCGCAUCAAUUCAUACCUUUCACAUUCACCAUGCAAGCUGUUUUUAUACAAAUCCCUAUAUUCAUGUGGAUAGCCUGUGGUGGCAAAACGAUGUCAACGGUAGCGAAGUGGUUUUCCAAGUGUUGCCGGGUAAUGUGUUCAGAAGCGGAAGUGUCGCAUCAGACAGAAAACAAAGGAAGUACGAGUAAUGAGGAUUGGCCAGAAGUUCACUCGAUAAUACAAAGCUACAUAAAUGAAUGGAGUGCCUCCAACAAGUACGUGGUGAUCUAUUUCAUCCUUAAAGUGACACUCUGGAUGUUUAUUUUGAUAUCUUUUGUUUAUCACUAUUUACUUCUCUUCCAUGCGAAAGUAGAGUUUGGUAACGACGAAUUCCUGUGUGAGAUCAAGUACUUGAAUGAGACGAUAAACUGUGUAAAUUCUAACGAAAUAUUUAACCAGAUUCUGAUAAUCAUUGAUCUUUUAAUGUGUCUAACGAUUCCAUUAAUAUUGCUGAUUUGUCAAGAUGUGUAUUUGUUUAUAUCGAUGUGGUGUGGAUGUAACGACAACAUCGCCGAGUUUAUACCCUACCUGGAAAUUCCAAAAGAAACCAAAAAGCUGAAUAAUAUAAAUUUACUUACAUUGUACUACAAAGAAAACAUUGAAUUGAAGGAUAAAUAUUUCCAGAAGAUAUUAAUUCCGUGGUUAUCAAAAUUGGAGACAGAUGAGUUCGGAAAUCCCAAACGAGUCUAUAAAAUACCCCCACCCUCCCCCAAACCAAAAUGUAAAGCCUAAAGAAGUUUAUGGAACAACUUAAAUUAUGUCACAUGUUGAAUGUUAAUAAUGGUACAGCUCCAGCAUAUAGUUAAUCAUGGUUCAGAGUAGGACAAGCAACCAACAUUGGUACUAGAGUGAGAAACAGCAUCAAUGGUUAUUCCAAUGGUGAAAAGUUUUGGUAAAAGUUGAAGUAACAUUUAUCGGCCAAUCGAAUACAUGAAGGCCAAUCAUUAUUAAACAUGUUUAAAAGGGGAGUACAUAAUUAUAGAACCGUUUAGAGGAACAAGACGGAGACAUAUGUCUAUUAUUAGAAAUGUAGGUAUAUUACAGUAUUAUUAAUGUCCUUAUUUACUCUUGGUUUGUUGUAGCUGUCUUCGUUUGUUUGUUGCUGUUAAGGACCACAAAGGAAAAUAAGCACUUUUUUUUAUCUUUCUGUGUUAUCCCUGUUGAUUUGUUUUUCGUGAAUUCGUUAUGUUUAAUCACUGAAUAAAUUGAAAUGAAAUAAAAGGAAAAUAAAUUAUAUAUAAAGCCAAAAGUUACCGUGCCGAGUGCAUGAGUAGGCUUCUACAUAUGUAAUUGUGAAUUUGAUCAAAAUGAAUGGAAGUGGAUACCAGUUUUUUUUUUAUCAGACUUCAGAAGUAAGAUUGUCUUGAUAUGACGAUUCAUUGAAUUACAAUUUUUCACGUAUAGAGCAUUAUAACAAUCAAGCGUGGUUCGCGCACAAUAAUUAGGAUACUAGUUGUGAUAUAUGGUUGGGCAUGGUAUAAUUACCCUUAACAUAACAUAUUUAGGACAAUUUCUUAUUUCUAAAACGCGAUUCUAAGUACUGCAUUGAUUACACUAGGAAGGAAUGAGUUUUUAAGUAAGUUUGUCUUUUUUUAAAUUAUUUAAUUAUGCAGAUGAUGAGCGUUAUUGUUUGCUGUAGUUUUAUAUGCAUUGCUUUCUCAACGAUCUUCUUUAUUGACUUUACAUUUCUCCCAAUGCAGGUUUAUCUUGUUCCGUAGCUUUUGUUACUUUGGAUAAUAAAACUUAAGUGUUUAGUGAGUUCAGAAAACCAAGUUAUACUGCUGGUAUAAGAUUAUUAGGUUUGCAUUCAUUUGUUAUAACAACAUUACUUUAUUGCCAACUUAAACUUUUUCGACGAGGUUGCGCGGGGAUUUCUGGUUGGGUCCUCCUCGCUGUGUUUGCAAUGUAUUCAAAAGAAAUGUGUGAUUUUCUAUUGGUUUAGAAAAAACGUGAGCUUAAAUUAUUUUGGUAUAUAAUCGUUUAAAACGAUAUAGGCCUAAACGACAUUUAAAAAAAUGCCUCAGUUUGGUCUUUAUAAGAAAAUAUGUCUUGUUUUGUUAUAUUUAAAAAAAAGGCUUAUCAAAUUUUAAAAAUAUAAAACUUUUAUUUGUAAAGGUAGUGUUGUGUUAACGAGGAAUUCAUUUUUCGUAUAAUUUGUUCUUUCUCGUUUCAAUAAGAAAAUGUGUUUUAAAUCAUUUAUAAAUAGGCCUA